AUGUGGAGAGCGGGUCUCCUGGUGGUGACCCUGUGUGCACCGCUGACGCUGGCCCAGUUCCCCCGAGUGUGUAUGAGCCCCGAGGUGCUGCGGAGCGGCCAGUGCUGCCCUUCUCCCACGGGGGGUCGGGACGAGUGCGGCUUCAGGUCAGGGAGGGGGCAGUGUGUGGCUAUAUCAGCUGACAACAUGCGCUACGGACCCCAGUACCCCUACACCGGGCGCGACGACAGGGAGAUGUGGCCGCUGAGGUUUUUCAACCGCACGUGCCAGUGCAACGGGAAUUUCAGCGGCUUCGACUGUGGGAAGUGUAAACACGGGCUCACUGGACCGAACUGUGACCAGAGCGUCCCUGUGGUACGGAAAAAUAUCAUGGACAUGAGCCAAGUCGAGAAGCAGAAUUUUGUGAACGCUUUGGACCAAGCUAAGAGGACCACCCACCCCGACCUGGUCAUCGUAAUAAGACGAUACCCGGAGGUGUUUGGCCCCGACGGCAACACACCACAGUUUGAGAACAUUUCCAUUUACAACUAUUUUGUUUGGAGCCACUACUACUCAGUGAGCAACACUUACCUGGGGCCGGACCAGCCAACCUUUGAAAGCAUAGACUUCUCCCACGAGGGCCCGGGCUUUGUCACCUGGCACCGUUUCCACCUGCUACAACUGGAGAAAGACAUGCAGAACAUGCUGGGGAACCCCACCUUCGCCCUGCCUUACUGGAACUUCGCCAUCGGGGGCAGCGAGUGCGACAUCUGCACCGACGACCUGAUGGGCGCCCGGAGCUCCUUCGACCUGAACUCCAUCAGCUCCAACUCUCUGUUCUCCCAGUGGAGGGUGGUGUGCGAGAGCGUGGAGGACUACGACACUUUGGGCACCAUCUGCAACAGCACCGAGACCGCUCCCAUCAGGAGGAAUCCGGCUGGAAACGUGGCGCGGCCCAUGGUGCAGCGGCUGCCGGAGCCUAAGGACGUGUUGGACUGUCUGGAGCUCAAAACCUUUGACACCCCGCCUUUCUACUCCACCUCCUCAGAGAGCUUCAGGAACACUAUUGAAGGCUACAGCGCACCCCAGGGCGCAUAUGACCCGGUGAUCCGCAGCCUCCACAACCUAGCCCACCUCUUCCUCAACGGGACAGGAGGACAGACUCACCUCUCGCCCAACGACCCCAUCUUUGUCCUGCUGCACACGUUCACAGAUGCAAUCUUCGACGAGUGGCUCAGCAGGCACCAACCAGGUCAAGUAGUCUACCCAGAGGAGAACGCUCCGAUUGGGCACAAUAGGAGAUUCAACAUGGUUCCCUUUUGGCCGCCUGUUACCAACGCUGAAAUGUUUGUCGUUGCCCCAGCGAACUUGGGAUACUCCUACGAGGUUGAAUGGCCAUCUCCUAGUUUCACUUUGUCUGAGAUCAUCACCAUUGCCAUUGUUGGGGCGGUGAUCGUGGUGACGGUGGUGGGCGGCAUCAUCGCCUGUGCCCUGCGCGCCCGCUCCUACCGCUCGUCCGAGGCCCUGGAGCCACUGCUGGGGGAGACCUUCCGGCGCUACUCAGAGGACGACCGGAGGUUGGACAAAUCGCAGUCUGUCGUCUGAAUCCGCUCCGCUCUAGCCAGGCCUAAAUAUUACCCCUGCAUUCUUUUUUAUUUUUUUUUUCUAAAUUCUUUUUAUUCCCCUACUUCUUCUAAUAAAGUUGA